CCCAUGUUAUUUCUUAUUGAGAUCGCGUUUAUUACAAAUCGAGUAGAACAAUCAAGUACAUUAUUUAGUGCCCUAAAAACUAAUUUACAAUCAAAGUAAAACGUAUGUGAAAUUAGUGAUCCUCUGGUAAAGUUAUACAAGUAUUGUAUUAUUCAAAACAAUAAAAUGUUCCGUAAAUUGGUCAAACUAACUGCCGUUCGCAGUGUUAGCGUAAAAAAUUUACGCGAAAAAAGUUCCAUUCGAUUCAGUUCCGCUGGAGUCAAUCAAUUGAACACUCUUGAACAACAUAACAGUUCGCCCCUCAAUUACAGUACACCAUUUUCUUCCGAUUUAACAACUGAAUUACGUAGAGAAAAUGCACAAUUCAUGCGCGUAUUUCCAGAUUUGAUUCGUGAUUUGACCGAAUUUUCUUCGAAACAUUAUGAAUUAAGAGAUGCUGCGAAUCAUUUCGCUAAGGCGUUGGAGUACAACGUUCCGCAUGGAAAAAAAGUUCGCGGUCUGACGGCGGUGAUUGUGUACAAAGAUUUGAUUGGAAAAGAGCAUCUAACACCUGAAAAUAUGCGUAAUGGCCACAUUCUUGGAUGGUGUGUUGAACUUCUUCAGUCCGUGUUUUUGAUGUCUGAUGAUAUAAUCGACCGUAGCCAGAUUCGACGCAAUAGGCUGUGCUGGUACAAACUGGAUGACGUACAAUCGAUUGCUGUGAAUGAUAUUCUGAUGAUAGAAAACGGCUGCUAUUUCAUUUUAAAGCGAUUCUUCAGCCACCUGUCGUGCUAUACCAAUAUGUUUGAAUUAUUCCACGAAACGGCCAUGAACACAUUCGUCGGGCAGUCGCUCGAUUUUCAAAUAGCCAACGACGGCAUCGAACACUUUUCAAUGGAUAAACACAUCUCCAUGUCGAAUCAUAAAACAUCACAUUUUGCAUUCUACACACCGAUCGCACUGCCGAUGCUGUUGGCCGGAUACGAGAAUGCAAAAAUUUUCGGGGACAUCAAGACGAUAUGCUAUGAAUUGGGCCAUUUUUAUCAGUCGCAAAAUGAUUUUCUGGACUGUUUUAGUGAGUCAGGCGUUUUGAAGAAACCCGGAACAGACAUUGAAGAUGGCAAAUGCACAUGGUUGGCGGUUACAGCAAUGGAACAUGCCUCGGAUGAACAAAAGGCCAUUUUGAAGAAAUGCUAUGCCAAAAACGAUCCUGAAUGCAUCGAUCAAGUCAAGCAGAUAUACAACGAUUUGGAACUUUCCGAGGUGUACAGUCAAUACGAGGAGAAUACUUAUAAUCGCAUCAAAAAGAAAAUCAAACAAUUUUCACAUGUACACAAAUUACCGCAUCAAUUUCUACUGAAAACAUUGAACCGAACAUUCAAUAGGUCAUGAAUUUAAUUUAAGAAAAUUGGAUAAGGAAAUAGAAUUAUAAUGAUAAUUGAGUUUACUAUUUAAAUAUUUUGUUCCAAUUAAAUUUUGUAACCAAAUUUAUUUUAAUAAAAUAAUUAAAUUGAAUCCUUUUUAAGUGGAUGAA